CUCUCCUCUGUGCUCGACAAUAAAGCGCUUUUUGUCCGGGGAGUCGGCACUCGAGCGCAUUCCACGACGUGGAGGUUGGCGUACCUCUCUCUCUCUCCGAGGAUUUGGUGAGGACCGUGUGAGUUUGAGAGGUACACACAGUUUGGUUUUUUUCGUUGGAGGGGAGAGAGCGCACAUUCGGAAAACUACAAGGGCUGGAGUAAUAUCGCCGAGCUGCUCCGCCUGGAUACAGACACCGGCACCCCCUCGAAGUUCAGGGUAGGAAGGGAGACGUCCAAUCAGGAAAAGUGGAGCUGGAUUAGAGGAGGAAGCUUCUUCACUGGGCUGGGCAUGGAGAGAGAACAAGUCUGCACCAUGAAGUUCUCCAUGACUCUACUGGUGCCUUUUCUACUCUUCCUCAUCCUACCUGAUGGCAUCCUGUCCAGCGACUGCCCAAAGGAUUGUAGCUGUUCCACACCAGAGUCUAUCUUAUGUUUUCAGAGACGCUCCUCUUCCAUUCCCAAAGGAGUGCCCCAAUUCACAAAAAGUCUCUACCUCUUUGCCAAUGGCAUUGAGGGCUUGACAGCUAAGGACUUUGAUGGUAUGGAGAACCUGGAAAUGCUGGACCUCAGUCAAAACAAAUUGACGGAAAUUCCUGAUAGGGUGUUUGAACCUUUGACCUCUUUGAGAAACCUGGAUUUGUCAUCCAACCAGAUCAGCCACAUUUCAGAGGAAUGCUUCCAGGGUAUGGCACUGCUUGAGCGCCUUUAUUUGUAUAGCAAUCUCAUCAAGACCAUUCACCCUGCAGCCUUUAAUGGCUUGGAGAACCUGCUGGAACUCAAAAUUCAGGGAAACCAGUUGACAUCCCUACCCGCUCUCUCAAUGCCCCAUUUGCUGCUGCUGGACCUUCGCUUUAAUGUCUUACACACCUUGGGUCCCUCAGACCUCCAAACCCCAAACCUGGAGUCACUCAAAUUGGGUGGUGUGGGACUAACAAGCCUGGAUAAGGAGCUAAUUGGUAAUCUGAAGAACCUCCAUGAACUAGACAUCUCAGGAAACCAAAUUGAGUCCUUUCCCUCAGUGCUAAAGGAGACCCAGGGGCUGAUUCACCUCAGCCUGGCGGGGAACCCGAUGGGUCCUCUUAAGGUUCAGGACCUGAAGAAACUUGGGGAGCUUCAGGAGUUGGACAUCAGCAGCCUCAGUCUGCAGGGUCUACCUGAAGAGUUCUCCCAGCUCUUCCCCCAUCUCAGAAAGCUCACAGUAGCAGAGAACCCCUUCAACUGUCUUUGCACCUUAGCUUGGUUCCCAAGAUGGCUGAGAGCCCAAAGCAUCACCCUGGAGAGAACAGAGGAAACCCGCUGCCAUUUCCCACCUAUUAAUGCUGGGAGGGUAUUGGAAAGACUGGAGCACAGGGAUUUUGGCUGUCCUACCACAACUACAGUCACCACUAGUACUGUCAAAACUUCUACAACCCUGCCUGUUCCUGUCACUACCUUGCUGAGCACGACUGAAGCUGUUCAAGUCCCUAGGGCCAGUGAUGAACCCACAGAUCAAGAUGAUGACUUUCCUCUGCCCCCUGUUCCUGCAUCCCCCAGUACCAGCAGCAUGGACCUAGGAGAGGAUCAGCAUUUCUGUCCCUCUCACACCUGUCUGAAUGGGGGUGUUUGUCGUUUGGACCAGCAUGGUCAGGUGGAGUGCACGUGUCCAAAAGGCACUUCUGGCUUAUAUUGUGAAGUACUAAAUCACCAACCUUCACCACCUGAAGCUGCAUUCCCCAUGGCAACUGUGAUUGCAGAUACAUCAGACAUUAGCUCACAUGAAGUGACGGCAACCUCAAUCCUGGUGGACCUUCACCACUACAUUGAAAUGCGGCCUUACAUCCGUGGAAUUCGCCUGACCUACCGCAAUCUCUCUGGGCCAGACCGGAGACCGAUUCAACUCAGCCUGCCUGCAUCCUUCCCAGAGUACAGACUCAGAGGCCUCAAGCCCAACUCCACUUACACAGUGUGUGCCAGUCCACUAGGUGCACCUAGUGGUAUAGACAGUGUGUGCACUGAGGCCCAUACAGCCCCUGAAAUCAUCAGCAGCCCUGAUGCACAGGUUACUGACCCAAGGCUGACCACUAUGCUGGUGCCUGCAGUUGCCAUCUUGCUUUUGCUGGUACUGAUAGCAAUAGCACUGGGAGUGGUAUGCUAUCUUCGCAGAAAGAGGGCUAAGGGGCACUUGGACCUAGACUGUGAGCCUUCCCAGCUAGAGUUGGAUGGGGUUAAGGAUGGUUUGGACAAUGGGGCACUGCCUCAAAAACAGCCACAAAUUAUGAUCCCUGAACCUGCUGUUCAGAAUGGAAAUCUGGAAUAUGAGGUGUUGCUACUACAGGAUCACUGUACAUCAAAUAACAAUAUGUCUUCACACAAGCCUUCCUACUUUUGACAAAUAUUUUUGACUACUCUGACUUAAAGGAGGAUUUGUCAUUCUUCAGCUCUGUUUUCCCGCCGGUUGAAAUACAGAGAGCUGCAACUGCUGUUGUGAAAGUGGAAGACACAGUGAGCCAACCAGCAAAAAAGAAACUGGACAUGUAUUUAACAAUGCCACCUGUUUGUCUAAGUAGACAUUAAACAAGUUCAAAAACAUUUGUUUGGACAUCAAUAGCAUUGAAAGUGCCUUCAUUUACAUGCUGCAUCCUGCUUUAAAAAUAUUUCAUCACUCACACCGCUGGACUGGCAACCUCUCAGCUUCCAAGCCAAGACAUUGCAACUGAUAAUGUGUUGUCAUUUGCUGAAACCUUGGGACAUACAGUAGUGAGCUCUCCUUUUUGUUCAUAAAGGAGUGUGCACUGAAAUGGGAUUGUGCUGCCUUUUCCCCGACACAUCAACUCAGCAAAGCACUAUCAGCAAUUAUUUUGCUGCAGGUUGUAACUCUUCAGUUCUACCCCAAAGAGAUCAGUGCUUCCUGUGAAUUAACUUUCAGAACAAAUGAAGUCGUGCAGAGAAAAUAUGUGAUGCUUGUAUUGCUUUAUUUGGCUCUAAAACUCUUUGUUUUGUUUUUUGUAUGUAUGUACAGUAUGUAUGAAUGUUUUUUAUACCGGUGAUAUUUUUAUUGUGCAAAAUUGGGACUGUUAACAUCCCUCAAUACCCUCCACCCCCACCUCUUGUGACUAACAGACAAAACAGCAGAUUAAAAUCUUUGAAGAUUAAAACUCGUUUGGUACCAGCAAAGUCAAUCAAAGGGCUUUGCCCCCAGAAUGUCAGACAGUCUAAGUAGAUGUGAGUCUGGACAGACUCAAGACUAAAUCCCCCUUCUCUAUUCUGAAGCCCUCAGCCUGUUUCACCACCACAAAGGGAGAAGGUAAGCAGGAUUACAAAAGGUACAGCGGGAGGCAGUACUGAACCCCUUCUGUUUUACUGCGGCACUGAAUUUUACAUAGUUUAGAACUCACCUAAAUUACCGUAAACACUCGUGACUACGCUGGAGCAAAAUAGAACUUAAGAGACUUUAUUUCCCUUUUAUAUUCACCGUAAGGGAAACUCUGUUUCAUCCCUCAACCACAAUUCAUGAACAACAUAGUACUUGGCCUGUGCACAAUUUCUCCUUGGCAAGAAGAGUCACAGUUUUGCUCGAUUACAUCGAACUUUACUAUGGAAAGGCCAGGCGCACAGAGUUUAUAUUGUUUUAGAGAGGACAAUGAGACUUGCAAAGUGGUUGAAGAGUGUGUGUUCAUCUGAUAACUGCUGUGAUCAUUCUAGUACAUGUUCUGGCUUGUGCAAAGACCUGCAGACGUCAAGUUACUAUCAGUGUGCCCACAUGCCUAGGAGUGCAUUAAGCUCCGAACAACUGUACCUGUAAACAUACACACCAAAGACACAUCUGUGAACGUCUGUUAAGUUACUAGUUAAGUUUACAUAAUUAACAGUUUCAUGCUAACAAAAUAUCUUUAGAACCCACACAAGAAAAACAAUCAACCAAUGCAACUGGAAUAUUUGUCUGUAAAAUAGAAUACAUUGAAGAUGACCAAAAGUAUUUUCGAUGUGAUUGUUAAUUUUUCCCUGUUUAUUUUGGGAAGCUCUAUGUUGUUUGUUUUUGUAAUUAUGUGAACUUAUUUGUACAAGUGGAAAAAAAAGUGAUACUAUCAUUAAAUGAAUAUCCAAAAAUAAAA